UGCGGAUGCAUAAGUAGUGCUUGCAUGCGAGGCGGACAAAAAAGGACUGUCACACAGGAUCUGUAUACGUGGUACGACUGUGGAAAGAAAAGAACCACUGAAAAGUUUGGCCUGUGCUCUAUUGACACAAUGUCCCUGGGGUACAACGUCAGUGACAACAGCAGUGUUUGUGAGAUCCGGGACAAUUCCCUGUCACCACUCCUGCCUGUCGGUUACUCCAUCAUCUGCUGUAUCGGACUCCUCAACAACAGCAUCAGCAUUUUUCUCUUGUUCUUGCAGCGCAAUGCCAACACUUCCAUGGCGGUGUACAUGCGGCACCUUUCGCUGGCUGACAUGCUCUUGGUUCUUUGCUUGCCGCUGAGGGUUCACUACCACAACAGGCAGGGUCCCUUCAUUGUGUGUCGAGUGGUGGGCAUCCUCUUCUACAUAAACAUGUAUGCCAGCAUUUCCUUCCUCAGCCUGAUCAGCCUGGACCGCUAUCUCAAGAUCACCAAGCCAGUGUGGGUCUUCCGUGUCCAGAAGGUCUGCUGGAGCCGGAGAGCCAGCUAUGCCAUCUGGUCUAUCCUUUUCUUAGUAACCUGCCUGUUCUUCAUGAGCAGCAGAUGGGAAAACCCAUGCAAUCGAAUUUGCUUUCAUUUCCACGACCAGGGGCAGCUAACGGGUGGCAUCAACCUCAUGGUAGUCGCCCUCUUCGGUGGUCUGUUUUUGCUCUUUGUCAUCUUCUAUGUGAAGAUUGCGCUGAAGCUCAGGACUGUUCAGAUGGGGAAGGGCAACUCCAACAACCAGGAUGACAGGAAGAUGAUCAUCUUGAAGACUUUCCUGGUGCCGGGCAUAUUCACCCUGUGCUUCCUGCCUUAUCAUCUAGUGCGAGUACCAUACGUACUGGCUCAGAUGAAAAGCAUUGCAAGGCUGGAGAGCAAGCAGCAGCUACACACCUGGAACGAGAUCACACUGCUUCUGUCCACCCUCAACAGCUGCCUGGACCCCAUUAUUUACUACUUUCUCUCCAGUGUGUACAGGAAGACCCUCCUGUGUGCCAUGAACGGCAAGUUUAAAAACAUGUAUGACUUGAACAGGAGAAGGAUCAGCAUCAACCGCUCCAUUACAGAAAUCUAGCUCAAGGAAUUAACAAACCACUCCAAGUCGACAGAUGAUAAGAAUUUCAUGAAACGUGAGAAGCGCAAACUAUAACGUAUUCUGAAUUUUAUUCAUUAUGUCUAGCUAUUUUAAUGUGUAUACACUCUGUGGACUUGGGUGCUUUGUAUUUACCAUUCUUUGAUUCAUUUUAGACUUGUCAGUGACUUGGUUCACAGGUUGUAGAGUAUAUUACUCAGUUAGAAAACAAAUAGCCUUUGCCAGCAACCUGAAAAGGUUGUGAUAUUUUUAUGUUAUGAUUAACUGAGUUUUCACCAGUGUGCCAUUAUGGUGACUUUAACAUGCUUUUGUGGUAAGUUAUGCGUUCUUCUUCAUAAUUCAUCAGGUUAUAGGUUGUUAGCCAUGAACUGUGAUGAAAGCAUUCUGGAUGAUUCAUGUUUAAUGUUGAAUGUGCAACAGGGUAGGGAAUAUCCCUACUCAGCAAAGCAAUCUUUAUUUUCAUGUGUGUAAGAUGUCA